GAGACCUUUGUUGGAGUGUUGCAUCUCAUAUUGAAAGCAUGGAACUAAAAAGGAAAGAAGAAAGACUUAAAAUAGAAAGCAAGUUAGAUGAGAAGAGUUAGUUAGAAAAGUUGUUAUUUCAGUUUAUUUUUGUUACUCUGUUAUUGUGUCAUUGAUGUGUUAUAAAUAGGACUCAAGUCUGAUGUAAUUUUUUAGUUUUCUUCUCUGCAAUCCAUUUUCUUUUGCAUCCUCUGUUUCUUGGUGUUUUUCAUCAGUUUCAGGUUCUUCUGAUUCUCAACAUGGUAUCAGAGUCAAACCCUAAAGCUUCCGCAACCUAAAUCGAUCAAUUUCUUCUCAACUUCUGCCUUGCGAAAUUCUGCUCUGGAAUUCUUGCAUUGAUCGUCUUCCAGCUUCUUGCAUUUUCUUGAAUAAAUUCUUGAAAAUGAGUUUUGGUGAUUCUCCUCUUGUCAAUCCCUCUCCUGUGCUUCCUUCUUCAUCUAAUUCUUUUAAUCAGCCUCCUAUCAAUCCUUCAGAUGACUCAUCGAGCCCGUAUUACCUACAUCCAAGCGACAAUCCUGGUGCUUUGUUAGUAUCAGAAAUCUUCAAUGGAGAAAACUAUGUUGCAUGGAGUCGUUCGAUAAUCAUUGCAUUGACAGUCAAAAACAAGGUACAAUUUAUAGAUGGUUCAAUUGUUUCUCCCUCUAUUGAUCAACUUGUUAAACACACAGCAUGGUUAAGGGCAAAUAAUCUGGUUCUUUCUUGGUUGAUGAAUUCCAUUUCAAAAGAAAUACGAAAUAGCUUGCUGUUUGUGGUAUCUGCUGUUGAUCUUUGGACUGAGCUUAAAGUAAGAUAUCUCAGGAGUGAUGGACCAAGGGUUUUCCAACUUGAGAAAUCUUUGAGUUGCAUCAGUCAAGGUGCUUUGUCUGUUACUGAAUAUUUUAGUACCUUUAAGACCUUUUGGGAUGAGUACAUUAGCUAUAGGCCAUUUCCAACAUGCACUUGUGGCAAGAUGGCAACAUGCACUUGUGAACUUUUCAACUUUCUACAAAUCAGACAGCAAUCUGAUUAUGUACUCAAAUUCUCGGUGGGGUUAAAUGAUUCUUAUGCCUCUAUCAGAAGCCAAUUGCUGCUAAUGGUUCCAUUACCAAACAUGUCCAAGGUUUUCUCUCUACUGCUUCAAGAAGAAAGUCAGAGGCAACUCACAAAUUCUGCUACAUGUAAUGAGACUCAUGCUUUGAUGGCAAAGCAAUCCAAUCAGCAGAGUUACCAGCCACAAUCUUUCAAGGACAAACCAAAGAAAUCUGCCCUACACUGUACUCAUUGUGGCUAUAAUGGUCACACAGUGGACAAAUGUUUUCAACUUCAUGGUUAUCCCCCUGGCUGGAAUGGACCAAAAGGAAAAAGAAAUAUGGCUUCUGCUCAUGCUGCCAUUACUACUCCAAAGGUUCCCAAUCAAAAUAGCAAUGAGCAACAAAAGUUUUGUUUCACUCCAGAGGAAUUUCAUAAACUAGUGGCGCUUGCAAAUUUAGUUCAACCCAAUUCUUCCAAUCAGAAUAAUGUCCAACCAGCUGUUAACCUUGUCACCACCUCUCACUUUUCUGGACCAGUCAAUGGAGAAGAUGAUUGGGAUUGCUCUUGAAAAAGAAGGACUUUACCAUCUAAUUCCAGCUUCAUCACAAGCUAAAACCUGCAAUUCAUUUCAGUUUAAUUCUGCUCCUCUUGCUUUGUCCUCUAUUCACAAACACUUAGAUAUAUGGCAUUGUAGAUUAGGACAUGUAUCUAGUUCAAGAUUCCAUUCCCUCAAACAGAUUGACUCUGCUAUCACUCUUGAUCAUACAAAUGUUUGUGACAUAUGUCCUUUAGCAAAGCAAAGAAGGCUUCCUUUUUCUGUAUCACAGAGUAAUUCUAAUAAAAGUUUUGAUUUGAUCCAUUGUGAUAUAUGGGGUCCCUUUGGCACUACUUCUUAUUCUGGUUUUCGAUAUUUUUUAACUAUAGUCGAUGACUUCACAAGGUGUACUUGGGUAUACAUGAUUAAAGCUAAAUCAGAAGUGCCAUCUUUAAUAAAAAAUUUCUGUAAAAUGGUAGCAAACCAAUUUUCUUCUUCUGUCAAAGCUAUAAGGUCUGAUAAUGGACCAGAAUUCUUACUUACAAAAUUCUAUCAUAAAUAUGGUAUUUUGCAUCAGAGAAGUUGUGUCGAAACUCCUCAACAAAAUGGUGUUGUGGAGAGAAAACAUCAACAUCUACUAAGCACUGCUAGAGCCUUAAUGUUUCAAGCAAAUCUACCAUUAAUUUUUUGGAGUGACUGUGUGCUUACUGCUGCCCACAUAAUCAAUAGAAUUCCCACUCCUCUACUUCAAAAUAAAACCCCUUUUGAAAUGCUUUUUAACAAAACACCUAACCUUUCUCAUUUAAGAGUUUUUGGCUGCCUUUGUUUUGCAUCCACUUUAACUAGUCACAGACAAAAAUUUGAUUCACGAGCCACAAAGUGCAUCUUCCUAGGAUAUCCUUCUGAUAUUAAGGGUUAUAAACUCAUGGAUCUAAACACCAAUAAGAUCCUUGUUUCUCGGAAUGUCAUAUUCCAUGAAACAAUUUUUCCUUUCCAAGUGUUGCCCCAACAUCCUGAAACUCAUUCUUUUAUGUUUCCUCUUUCACAAUCCUUUUCAGAUUCACCUUCUACCACCUCCUUCUUCAAUUCCUAUCAUAAUGUGGGAUCUGCAUCACCACCUAAUAAUUCUC